AUGGAUUAUCUCGUACGGUUUGCUCAGACUCAUGAGACUUUUCGUCGGCCAGAACUUGAGGCCUGUGCCACAAUUGCAGGCGCCAAUAUCGAAAUCCUUUCCUAUAACCAGUUUUCCCCCCACUGUAUUGUGAGAUUCCCAGAUGCAGCUGCGGCCGCGGCCACAGUCAAACGCAGCAUUCUAGCCAAGGAUGUAUUUGAACUAUGGGGCCAAGGCACAACCUAUGAAGAACUCCAUGAAGACAUCCGUCAAAGAUCCCAACAUCUCUGGGAAGAAUACAGCAACGUCUCAUGGAAAUUCGUCUUCAGCUGCUUCUCCGGGACGCGCAGUGCAGAGAAAAAGGGCGAACUGAUGCGCUCUUUCCAGUACAUGGGAUUCCGGGGUCCUAUUCGGAUGAAGAACCCCGAGCAAGAGUUCCAUGUGAUGGAAGAGUACAUUGACGACAUUGAAGUCGCGACACUGAAAGUAUCAAGGAUAGAAGAGCCACGGAAAAUCUAUCUAGGACGCAAACUAGCCACCAGCUGUCGUGAAGAUUUCAUCAAAUACGACCUCAAGAAACGUCGGUAUAUCAGCACGACAUCCAUGGAUGCAGAACUGAGUCUGGUAACGGCGAACAUGGCCCUAGCUGCACCCGGGAAAUUAUUCUUUGAUCCCUUUGUGGGAACGGGCAGUUUCAUCGUCUGCGCCGCGCACUUUGGAGCAUUGACGAUGGGAGCAGAUAUCGAUGGGCGGAGCUUCCGGGGCAAAGACCGGUCGAAGCUGGGAGUCUAUGAGAACUUCAUCCAAUAUAAGACGGAGAGCAAGUUCAUUGACACCUUGACCUCGGAUCUGACGAACACUCCUUUCCGAAGGACUGGGUUCUUGGAUGGCAUUGUCUGUGAUCCGCCUUAUGGUGUUCGUGAAGGACUACGAGUCUUGGGGGAGCGCAAGGGGAAAACACCUGUCAAUGUGAUCAUCGACGGGGUUCCCGCUCAUCUUCGACCUGGAUUCAUUCCUCCCAAAAAGCCAUAUGGGUUCGAGGCCCUGCAGAAUGAUGUGCUCAACUUUGCCGUCCGGUCGCUGGUGACCAAUGGUCGAUUGUCGAUGUGGAUGCCGACAUCCAAUGACGAGAAAAUCCAGUUCCCUGUGCCCAUGCACGAGGACUUGGAGGUUGUCAGUGUCUGUGUUCAGGACUUUGGAAAUUGGGCUCGUCGACUGAUUACCUACCGUCGUCUUCCCGAGGGAGAAAAGUCAGAUGUCUCAAUGGCUCGGAAAAAGACCGACGACGCAGGCUACGACGCAAAUGAGCUCAAUGCUUUCCGACGAGUGGUACGUUCUAUCGAACCGCAACGCAGUAAUCGGCUAACUGAGAAAAAAGCAUAUGUUGAAAGGUCACGGCACAAGAAGCGGAGAAGGCUCUGA